AUGCCCUCAACAAAACUUCUAAAACGCGACUGGGAGAAGGACCACGUCUACUUGGUCCAAUUCCCCCGUGCCGGCACAAUCCCCACACCUUCUCCAUACGCAUUAAAAGUCGAAACAUUCCUUCGUAUCGCUAAUAUACCGUAUACUAAUAUUAGCAAUGAUUUCACGAAGAAAUCGAGUAAAGGACAAAUUCCGUUUAUUGAAUUAAAUGGUCGACAGCAUGCUGAUAGUUCACUGAUUAUUGAUCAUUUGGUCGAACAUUUUGAGAAGGUUUGUGACGGGUGGGAAAUAUGAGUUAUGACGUGGCAGACUACUUUGAGCGCCUCUGGCGUAUGUGCCUUUAAACUACUGUAGCUUUAGGUACCUCAAUUAAUCCCAUGUCAAAUACUGAAUAAUUAGUUAUGACGUGGAAAAGCUAUCAACAUUCAAACCAUCAAAAAAUCCCGGAUUGGUUUUUGUGAAAUUUUUGAAACAGUGAAAAAAAAAAGUUUGUUAUACUAAAAAGAACUAGAUUAUUUAUUCUUGAAUUUUUUCCCAUGACUGAGCAGCCUAACAUUUUUCAAAUUUCAAUGUUUUUUUUUCGAAAGAUUUUGAAACAGUGAAAAUUUUGUGAUCUAUUUUAAUUUAUUUUUCGAAAAUUCGGAGUUUUCAAAUCACUCAAAAUAUCCCACAAAAUAUUUUGGAAAAUUUUUGAAACAGUGAAAAAUUUUUAUAUUUACAAAAAAAAACGAUGACAUAUUUUCUGACAUUGCAGGUUUCAAAAUCACGUGAAAAUUUAUGAACAAACCAUUAGAGCAACUUUGCCAUUUAUGCAAUUUUUUUAAAUUUAAGUACCCAAACCUACAGUAGCUUAAAGGGACAUACACAUUGAAGCGAGUGCAGCUUUGGGCACUUCAGGCAAGAGUCUCCUGUCAACAUCUGAUUAUGAGUUAUGACGUAGCAAAAUUAACAAGGUGUGCUGAAUAUCUUUGCCACGUCAUACAUCAGUUUGUCUAGCUACUUCGAACUUAUCACUCGAAAAAAUCCCAGAAAAUCUUUGGGGAAAUUUCGAAACAGUGAAAAAUUUGGGUGAAUGAAACCAGAUUCUUGUAAUUAAUUUUGAGUUGUUUCUUCCAGGGCUCGCUGGAAUCGCUCUCCACUUCUGACAAAUCAACAGCCCGUGCCUUCUACACUCUUCUCGAGCAUCAUCUAGUCUGGGUCAUGUUCUACUCUCGAUCACAAGACGCGAGUUGGUUGGCAACCGACAAGGGUUUCGCCAAAUUGCUCUCCGGCGUCAAACUUUUCGCCUUCAAAAAUGUGCUGAUCGGACGAAUGGAGAAGAUGUUGAAGGGAAGAUGUAUGUCGCAAGGAAUCGGACAUUUUACAAAGGAAGAGAUAAUUGGUGAAGCAAAAAAGGAUAUUGAUGCGAUUUCGGGACAAUUGGGAAGUAAACAAUUCUUGUUUGGUGAUAUUAAGACGGUGGGUUUUUGGGAGGAAAUAUUUCUAACACAUCCCCUGAGUUCGAUAGAGCGAAGAUCUCUGAAGUACCAGACUGAAAAUCGUAGGAAUGGUGAAAAAUCAUUUUUGAAACAGUGAAAUUUCUGGAAAAUUUUUCAAAAUUUCCCAGAAACUUUAAAGUAUUCAGUAGAGAAAAAUUGCAAUUUUCAACCGAAAAAUUCAAAUUUUCCGACACAGUGUUCAAUGGGGCGCAUUUGCUUCUUCUAAGCUCUAAAAUCCCCAGUUUCCCCAUUUCAGAUCGAUGCCACAGCAUUCGCCCACUUAUCCCAACUCAUCUACACUCCACAAUUCAGCGAUGAGAUCAAAAACUACAUUGAAACCAGCGCGCCAAAUGUGGUAAAUUCAAAUUUUCUUUUUUCAUUGCUCAUAUUAACUUUCAACUUCAGAUCGAUUACAUAAAUCGAAUCAAAGUGCAAUAUUGGCCCGAUUGGGAAGAGACAAUUUCAACAGCAAAUAUGAACACCGAAUGGAAAAAAUUGUAA